AUGUACCGCAUCUACGUUGGUGACAUGCAUCAUGUUCAGCGGCGUAUGCACGAUCGAUAUGGCCAAACAAUUCGCAUUGCUCCAAAUGAAGUUUCGACUGCAGAGCUGGCGGCGAUACCAAAAAUAUACAAAAACCAAGCACCACUGACCAAGACGGACUUCUACUCGGCCUGGGGUGGAGGCACGAUCAGCGAACAAAAGGAUACCUUUGCUGAGACUGACGAGAGGGUGCACAGCAACUAUCGCAGAAUCGUCAACCCGGUCUACACUCUGAGCAAUGUCUUGAGAAGUGAGAAUUACAUCAACGAAGUCUCCACACUGUUCAUCAAGCGCUUGGGUGAGUAUGCCGACCGCAAUGAGGCUAUCAAUCUCGGUACAUGGCUACAAAUGUAUGCUUUCGAUGUGAUUGGUGAAGUAUUCUUUGGGAAAAUGAUCGGUUUUCUGGAGAAGAGUGAGGACCAUGGCGCUUUCAUAGCAUCUCUGGACGCUUUGAUGCCGGUGUCGUGUAUCGCCGCAAUCUCACCGUCGUAUGUGCGACCCAUCAUCAUGACCUUUGCUAUCUUCCUACCAGCGGGGUUGAAGGCAAUAAAAGCUAUAGAUGCCAUCCGCGAUGCGGCUGUCACAGCUGCUAGCACGCGCAAGAAGAGCAUUGAAGACGGCGAUCCAGCCCGCCACGACAUGUUGCAGCAGCUAUUUGAGAUUGUUCGUGAGAAGGGGGAAAAGGUUAACUUCAGCGACAGAGAAGCCACACUUGAGGCCCAUGUGGCCAUGCUUGCUGGAUCGGACACUACUGCAGUCGCCUUCCGCUCAGUUUUCUACCAUCUUAUGCGCAAUCCCGAAGCUCUUGCCAAAGCACAUGCCGAGAUCGAUGCUGCUGAUAAAGAAGGCUUGCUAAGCUCACCCAUCAAGUACUCCGAGACAACAAUCCAGCUCCCCUUCAUCUGCGCAUGUAUCAAAGAAGCCUUACGUAUGCAUCCAAGCGUCGGCCUAAGCAUGCAGCGACACGCACCACAAGGCGGGAUUGAGCUUUCGGGUAAAUAUAUCCCAGCAGGGUACCGUAUUGGAAUGAACGCCGCGGUCGUUCACUAUGACAAGACUGCAUUCGGUCAGGACUCAGAUGUGUAUCGACCUGAGAGAUGGAUUGUGAGUACAGAAGAGUGGAGGGCAAUGGAUCGGAGCAUGCUCAUCUUUGGAGCAGGAACGAGGACCUGCAUUGGGAAGAACAUGUCGUUGGUUGAGCUCCAUACGCUUGUUCCGGAGAUUCUUCGCCAUUUUGAUCUUGAAAUGACACAUGAUCGCAGGUGGACGACGCGCAAUCGCUGGUUCAACAAGCAGACUGACAUUGAGGUCAAGGUGACUCGAAGAUAG